GCAGCAGAGGGCGCCGCUGGCGGACCUCCUCGCGCAAACAGGUGGCGUUCGCCGCGCCUCUGCCGGCGGGAUCAGGUAUUUGUCCGCGCGCCGCUCUGGACGGACUUCUGGGAAAAAGACGCGACUCGCCUUCUCUUCGCUCGCGCCUCCUGUCAGCUUCGCUGCGGCCGCUCAAUGAGGUGUGAUGUGGGGCCGAAAGCGCAGGAGCGCGUGAGCGGCUCGGGCACCGUGCGGGGAAGGAGCCGGCGCGCGCUUGCCCGCCCUCGCGGGGUGUGGGAGUCCCGCGCUGCCGCGCGUCCUACAGCGACGAGUCAGUCAUCGGGGAUCACGAGCGACACGGGAGCCGCGACAGAAACUGAGGCGCUCGGAGUCGGACGAAGCGAAGGUGGGCGCUCACAACCCCCGGAGGAGGAGAAGGAGGAGGCGGUGUGAUUGGAACCCCGGGCCGCCCGGUCUAGGAAGCUCGGACCGACUCGGGAGAGCCGCGGGAACCCGGGGGACUGGAGUGGAGCGACCAGGACUGGAGCCAUGGAAACUGGGCCCGAGAGCGAAGCGCCCCCCCCGGGCUGACACUCUAACUCCGUGACUGUUGUAAGAGGGGGAGCGCGCGCCGGACGCGCGCACUCGCUCGGCGCAGUUUGAGGAAACUCGGCUCGGCGAAGGAGCGCGGGGACACGAGCUGAGAGCGCACUGCGCCUUCCCCGCUGCCUCCCGCCCUCCCCGAGACUCCAUGGACGCGGUGGCCCAGCGCGGCGAGUCGCUCCUCCGGCAGGACGCGGGGAUCCCGGGCGCCCCGGACGCCCCCCGCUGGGCGCUGCUGGAGGCGCAGCUGGUCGGAGGAGCGCCGUGGGGCUUCACGCUGAGGGGCGGUCGCGAGCACCAGGAGCCCCUGCUCAUCACCAAGGUUGAGGAGGGCAGCAAGGCCGCCGCCGUUCGUCUCCAGGCCGGCGACGAGCUGGUCACCAUCAACGAGGUGCCGCUGAGCGGUUAUCGACAGGAGGCCAUCUGCUUGGUGAAGGGCUCCCACAAGACGCUGUCGCUGGUGGUCCGAAGGAGGACCGAACCAGUAGUCCGGCCCCAUUCGUGGCACUCAACCAAGUUCACCGAAGGCCAGUCAGAAGUGGCCAAGGCUCAGACCACACCCACAACAGUGUGGCACUCCAGAUAUGAUGCAAGUUCCCAGGAUCUCUCAAAAAGCUGGGACCAGACGAACCUGCGGCGCGUGUCUGACCAGUUCAGCUCCCUAGGCAGCGUGGACAGCCUAGAGCAGUCCUCGCACCCAUAUCCUUCAGGGCGUCUUUCUCCGGCUAAAUCCAGCAACAGCGUUGACCGCUUGGGAGUGGCCGGGGGGGGUAGCAAGCGUGACUCUGCCUACAGCUCCUUUUCCACUGGCUCUGGCACGCCAGAUUACACCUUGUCUAGGAGUAACGCCGCCUCCACUGAGAACAUGCUCCAGAAGCUGGGCCGCCAGGAUGAGCGGCCCAGCCUGCUGUCCAUGCCCUCGGGUCACGAAGGCCGUGAGAGCCCUAGGAUUGAGGAGCCCCCAGGCUCUAGGAGCUCUACCUCAGGGAGAUCCAGUAUGGGCCCUGUGUGGCACAUCCCUGAGAAGAAAAGGGCCACACCGCCAUCUCCGCCUCCACCGCCACCCCCAGUACGCAGUGACAGCUUUGCUGUAACCAAAGUCCACGAGAAGGGCUUGGUUCUCCCUUACUCCGAAGGGUUGGGAGGAUUGGGAGGCCACCCUCAACAGAUGCCACAGGGAAGAGGUCCUGAACGGGGGUCCAUCGAGGCCCUCGAUAACAUUCCCAGGGGACCCGAGGCCCGGCGUACCUACAACCCACCUCAGAAAGUGGACGCCCUGCAGCCUUACUCUGCGGAAGAUGGCUAUAACAGCAACCACCAACUGACCGCAAACCGGCUGUACUCGCUCUCCUCUACAGAUGUGCGUCUCGGGCAGCCCCCCUAUGGCUACGUACCCUACCACCAACGGCAGUACAGUGACGAGGGCACCUUCUUCCAGCAACCCAGGGCUGCUUCAGCGCCCAAGCAGCAGAACGUGGGAGGCUGCUACAGCAGCAUGCAGGAACUGCCCACCAACAACCAGCCGUAUGGACAGGCUCAGGUGCGCACGUCCAGUGCAUCUUUGUCGAGCACCGCCAUCGAUCAGAUCCCCGACGCCACCAGCCAGAGCAGGUACUACUGCGUCACGGCUCGGCAGCCCAGUCAGGCUGUGUCGCAGGCUGCGCUCGUGAGGGUGGAAGGAUGGAAGGCUGCCGUAGCAACUGAAGUAGCUCAGGGAGCUGGCGAUAGGAGCUCCGUGAGCUCCGUUAGCUCCCAGAAGGCUAUCAAAGCCAAGCAAACGGUACUGCAGGUACACCCUGACGGCCAGGACAGUGACGGGUAUCGCCGGCCAGAGGACCGGCCAGCUUCUGAUGCCGCCUCGCAAGAUCUCCUCCUCGCAGCUAGAUUGAACGUGGAGGAUAGGGCUGGCCAAAGGCGGAACAAUGGAUACACUGUGGAAGUCCAGGACCUGAGCCACCCACCGAGCAAGUACAAUGAGCAGAAGAAAGCACUCCAGUCAGAGGCUUGGUUGUCCCUGGAAGAAAGGAAAAUUUGCCCCCAGAGGACACCCAUGCUGCACUCCCUGUCCCAGGAGAGCAUGAGUUUGGCAGAGAAACCCAUGGAGGCAUUCAGUGGGCCCGGCCAGCCAGAGCCCCUGGACCCCGUGACUGGUAAGGCAGUGAGGCGCAGUGACCGUUAUGCUACCACCCUGCGCAAUGAGAUUCAGAUGAAGAAGGCGCAGCUGCAGAAGAGCAGGAGUGCGGCCACCCUGACGGGCCAGAGCGAGGUAGAAGACCCCGAGGUCUGGAAGGUCGAGUCCACGGAGGCUGCUGUGACUUCCUCAUCGGACACCUCGUUCUCUAGCACCUACAAGGAUCACCUGAAGGAGGCUCAGGCGCGAGUCCUCAGAGCAACCUCGUUCAGGAGAAGGGACCUGGAGCCUGUGUUGCCAGAGCACCCUGCAGCUGAGGCCCUGCCUGGCUACCCCUCUACCAGCCAAUCACGCAAGGACCUCACCCCCCUGCCCAUCUUCUCAGAAGUAUUCCACAGUAAACCAGGCUCAGGCCAGAUAUCCCGGAUCGGUGGCCGAAAACGCUUCACCGCAGAGAGGAAGGUGCGUUCUUUCUCUGAGCCAGACAAGAUCAACGAGGUGGGUGUGGAGGAGGACCUCCCUUCCCCAGAGUCAGCCGGGUCCUUUGCGGAUCGGCGCAAGUUUUUUGAGGCUACAGCAAAACCUGGUCUUCCUAGGGUUGGGCCAAAUCAGGUCCAGCCAAGCGAUGUCGAUGACCCCAGAAAAGGCCAGCAGGGCGGACCGCUGCGGCUGAGGGACCAUGAAGAGUCCCUGCAGGAGGCAUGGGCAGGGAAGCACCUGGAAGGGCCUCAGGGCAGCCUGUGGCAUACUGACAAGCAGGCAGUGCUGGAGCAGCAGCGACUGGGAACCUUUGCAGAGUAUGAGGCCACCUGGAACGUGCAGAGGAAGCCGCCCGAGGUCAGGGCCUCUGGUCGGUACCACUCGGCUGACAACAUACUAGACCCAGCUGUGGAAGAGCGGAGCAAAGCCCCAUACGUUCAUGAGAGGUCUCGCUCGUCGCCCUCGGCAGACUUCUACGGACAGAACCUGCAAGCCCUGGGGAGGAAGUCGGUGGAAUCAUCGCAGCCUGAGCACCUUCACGUUGGACAGGACAGCACUGCAGCAAGCGACCCUUUUGGCCAAAGCCCCUGUCCUCCGUCCUCGCUCAGUGUGGAGCAGCGGCAGCAGCAGUUCUCAGCUCCACACAGGCUCUCAGACGUGGGAUCCAGGGAGUUCAGGGUCACCGAGAAGUCCUCCACCUCCGAGCGCCACCUGGAUCUGGCUCCUGAACCUGUCCCUAAAUCCUCUCAGUGGAGCGACCCGGAGGACGGGGACGCCAGACCUCAGCAUAAGCGACCCCCGCAGAGGCCCCCUCCUCCCAAGCUGGACAGACACAGGCGGCUGGAGAACGCGUCCUCAUCCGGCGACUCCCAGGAGUCCCUGCCGGGUCAUCAGAGCAGCCAAACCAAUAGGUCCCUGUCCCCAGUGGCUAACCCACACGCAGGCUCCGCCUCCUUUGCAGGACCUGCCCCUUCCCCUGUGAGAGAUCUCACAAGGGCCCCGAAACCUGAGGACGAGCAAGAACCAGCCCACAGAACAGCACCCUCCCAGUCAGAGACCCCACCUCUACCCCCUUCCUCCUCUUGCUCCUCCUCUUCCAAGACCUCCGCCCUUCUGAGGCCCCUCAUGGAAGGUCCCCGCUCACUGUCCCCGCAGUUUGCUCCCCAGAGACUGACAGACCAGCCGCCUGUGUCCAUGCAGGAUGAAGCCUCCAUCAGCUUGUGCAGGAUGGAAACAGCAGAGCAGAGCACUGCGACUGUGAAGAAGGUGCCUAUCAAGAUAGUCCACUCAGAGAGCAGCUGGGAGAAGGAGAGCCGGCAGUACCUACUGCCCAGCGAAGUCACACCCGGCCCCAGCGGGCCCAGCGGACCCAGCGGACCCCAACUGAGCAGCCUUGGCCCCUCUGAGCCAUCCUACUCCCUCUUCUGCGCCUACUCCCGGCAAAAAGAACUUGGGGGUGACCAGGGUCCACCGUCACGGGAAGCUCCUCCCAUUCCAGAAGCCCCACCUUCACAAGAGGCUUCGUGUGACAGCAAUGGCUUCCCAACCACCGCCGACCGCGCCGACGAGGACAAAAAACGGGAGGAGCUAACCAGGGACAUCGUGGGCAGAGACAAGUCCCUGGCAGACAUCCUUGAUCAAAGCAAGAUGAAGACCACAAUGGACCUCAUGGAGGGUAUUUUCCCACAGGGGGAGCAGGUGUUGGAGGAGGCACAACAGCGCAGGAAGGUGGUCCCUAAACAAGCUCCCCGUAGGAGCACUGAGGACAGAAGAGAUGAGGACAACCUGGCAGCCGCCGUCACCAUGGUGACGAGCUCCUCCUAUUACAGCACGUCAGCCCCGAAAGCAGAGCUGCUGAUCAAGAUGAAAGAUAUGCAGGAAAAGAUUGAGGAGCAGGACUCUGAGGACGAGCUAGACAUUGACUUGGCCAACAAGAAGCACGAACUCAUUGACAGCCUGAGCCGGAAGCUGCAGGUGCUGAGGGAGGCACGGGAGAGCCUGCAGGAGGACGUGCAGGCGAACAACGCUCUGGGCGAGGAGGUGGAGCUCAUAGUGCAGCAGGUGUGCAAGCCCAACGAGGUAGAUAAGUUCCGCAUGUUCGUCGGCGACUUGGAGAAGGUGGUGAGCCUGCUGCUGUCACUGUCUGGUCGGCUGGCCAGGGUGGAGAACGCCCUCAACAACCUGGAGGAGGGCACGUCGGCCGAGGAGAAGCGCACCCUUCUGGAGAAACGCAAACUGCUCAUCCGGCAGCACAAUGACGCCAAAGAGCUGAAGGAGAACCUUGACCGACGAGAGCGCUUGGUCUACGAGAUCGUGGCUGGCUACCUGAGCGAGGACAGCCUGGCCGACUACGAGCACUUUGUCAAGAUGAAGUCGGCGCUCAUCAUCGAGCAGCGCAAGCUGGAGGACAAGAUCAAGCUGGGGGAGGAACAGCUCAAGUGUCUGACUGACAGCCUGCCGCUGGAGCAGAGGAUGGCCCUCUGAGGACCACCGGGAGCCCCAUCAGGGGAAAAGGCUGCUGCAAUAUGACCCUCCAGGAGCCCAGGGGGCGACAGAGCCACCCAGUCGGAGGAUGUGAGGACAGCUGUCCAUUUUUCGGUUCGCCAUGUGUUUCAAAAAAAAAAAAAAAAAAAAAAAAAA